AUGAACGCAUUGUUUAUAGGUGUUGGUAUUGACUCAGACACUGACUCUAGCUUGUAUAGUGAUGUCCAGUCAGAUGGUGAUGAUGAAUUGAUGGAGGGAGAUCAUGUUUUAGAUUCAGUAGAAGUUGGGGAGCAGGGUAAAUUUGAAAUAGGCAUGACCUUUGCAGGGGCAAAGGAUUGUAGGGAUGCUAUCAAUUCCUAUGCUGUGAAGUUUGGAUACAAACUUAAGUUUGUAAAAACUGAACCUAAGAGAAUCAGGGUGAUCUGCAUUAGUGAGAAGUCUUGUCCUUUUGUUAUGUUUGCUUCAAAAGAUGGGGAGACAGAAGGGUUAGUUGUUAAGACUUUGGUAGCCCAACAUAACUGUUCUAGGCAGAGGGAGGUGUCUGGUGCCUCUCAAGCAUACCUUGCCAACUAUUUCAAGGAGGCAUUGUAUAGAAAUCCCAAGUUUUCAUCUAGGGAUAUGCAGGGGCAAGUGAAAGAACAAUUAAAACUUCAUGUUAGCUUGAUUAAAUGCAAAAGAGCUAAGAAAAUCAUUCUGACCAAACUGAAAGGCAGCUACAUAGAAGAGUUCAAUAUGCUUUGUGGCUAUAUUGAGAAGGUGAAAGAGACAAACCCGGGGACAAAGAUGGAGUUGCGGUUAUCUAGGGAUGAGUUAGCAAAUGGCAGGAGAGUGUUCAAGAGAAUUUUAGAUGCAUGUAAGAAAAAUUGGCUGGGGGGUUGUAGGCCUUUGAUUUCAUUAGAUGGAUGUCAUCUUAAGGGGGUUACAUUUGGUGUACUUCUAACAGCUGUUGGCAAAAAUGCCAAUGAUGGUAUUAUUCCAAUAGCUUGGGCAGUGGUCAAUAAGGAGAACAAACACAACUGGACUUGGUUUCUAAGUUGGUUGAAGUGUGAGCUGGAGCUUGGUGAUGGGGCGUUUGAGGUCGUUGUCAUCGACGAUCUUGAUGAAGCUGCUGGGUACCAGAAGGGCCACGGAGGAGAUAAGUACGUGCUGAAGUCGUGUUCAACACCUUCUUCCGCUCUUGACAAGUAG